AUGUUGUCUGUGUCGGUGGCUGAUCGAGUACGUUUCAAAAGUAAGAAAGGAGACAUCAUCACAGCUCUUCCCGUUACAGUAGAAUUUGGGAAGUUUGUUAAAGGAGACAGAACGUCACGUCUUGCCAAUUUAGACGAGUGGAAUAAAUUAAAUUUAGGAGGUUUCGAUUCUGAUCAGGUGGAAAAUACUACUAUUUUGUGUUAUUUACCACCUUUCGAUGGACAUUAUCCACCACUUCCUGGUGUGUAUGACUGGGAUAAACCUGAAUCUCUGACUGCUAUGCAGGAUGAAAUUGAAAAAUGGAGACAGAAGAGUUUGGAAUCUUAUCAGUCACAUUUUACGUGUUUAACUCGUCUUCAACAGGAAGUUCUGAGACUACACAAUCUAUUAAGGCGACAAGAAACAACUAUAACAUUUCUUAAAAAAGAAAAUUACAUACUUCAGGCAAGAUUAUCAAGAG